AAAAUGGAAAGGUUAGGCCUUCUUCGCCCAAGAGAUAUCUUUAUUGCACAGAAGUCUUCCGACAGCAAAAAAUAUGUCCAAUGCACGCUUUUAAUUUUAACGAAUCAUCUUUCAUAUCAUAUAACAAUUUAUUAAUUCGUAAAUAGUUUGAAAUUUUUGGUUAAGUAUAACAUUUCAUUUCUAUGUCAUGGGAAGAAUAUCGUCUAUGGGUUUACAACAUUCAAGGUAUUUACGUUUUGAUGGAAAUCACCUAUGAACUCCACUUUUCGUUCUGAACGGGAAGCGGUCCAGGGGAUCGGAGCAGAUAAAGUUGAGCAUACCAAAACAGUUGCAUUUGAGGUGAAAUCUUGCUGUUUCAUUUAAAACUUUCAAAAUGACGAUAGCCUCGUUGACUAGAGGUAGUUCUUCGAAAAAAGGAUGAUUCGUUUUAUUAUUCUUAGCGUUUCGUAUUUAUUGCUUUAAAUUUCGAAUAUUACGUCAUCAGCCUCACCAAAAAUUUCCCCACGAGCUGCCGCUAAUAUUCUUACAUACGGGGGUUGCAAUGACGGUCUAUGGAUACUUUUAGCAUAACGAGCUGCAUUCAAAGAUGGUGUUGCAGUGGGUGUCUCAAAAAUUGGCCAUUGUGAAAUGUGACAGCACUGCACCCACAUUUUAGCAGCAAGGAAGAAAACCACUUUGGGAACAAAGCAACUUUGUUAUAAUUGGGGCCCAUCGAAACCCCUUCUCCAAAGGACAAUAGAAGCUACGGUCCUGAAGCAUUUAAACAAGCAAAAGCGCAGCAAAAACACCCUUUCGCGGUGGCCCUACUUACUAGUAAGGCUGGUUUUGGUGAAUGCUUGAAUACGAUUUUAACUCUAAUCGCUUCAUGGAAAGCCUCAUACUCAACUCAAAGAUGGAGUCUUUCAAAGACAAGGAGGCCCCUGUCCCCACACCGUCAUUUGCAGAUGCAAAGGCCGAAAAGCGACAUAUCAUCAAGAAUCUCCUCAUUGUCAGCUUUGCCUUCCUUCUCCUGUUCACUGCAUUCCAGUCACUGUCUAAUUUACAGAGCAGCUUGAAUCGAGUUGGUGGUUUGGGUGUCGCAUCACUAAGCGUCAUCUAUGGUGCAUUGAUCGUCUCCUGUCUCUUUGUGCCACCCCUUGUCAUUGACAGGCUCGGCUGCAAGUGGACCAUAGCUGCAUCGAUGUCUUGUUAUUGUGCAUAUAUUAUUGCCAAUUACUACGCAACAUGGGCCACAAUGAUUCCGACGUCAAUCCUUCUGGGGUUUGCAGCAGCUCCACUCUGGUCCGCAAAAUGUGCUUAUCUGACAACAAGUGGAAUCCGCUACGGAGAGCUAACGAAACAAACUGGAGAUGCCGUGGUUACUCGCUUUUUUGGCAUUUUCUUCCUCAUUUUUCAGAGUGGACAGAUCUGGGGCAACUUGAUUUCUUCUCUAGUGCUCCAACAAAAAGAUGACAGAAACAGCUCAAUGAUCAACUAUGGUUUGUGCGGAGCAAAUGACUGUCCAGGAACUCCAGUGAAUGGAUCAUCUGCAGCCGACAAAACAGACGGACCAGAUAAAAAGAUCAUCACAUUGAUGAGCAUUUACCUGGCUGUUGGUAUUCUUGCCGUUAUUUUGAUUUCGACGACCCUUGAUAAAAUUACAAUUCUUGGAAGUGAGAAGAAAAACCAUGGCGUCUUCAGUUUGUUCAUCGCUACUGCCAGGCAUUUGAAAGACAGGCGCAUGCAGCUGUUGAUUCCGCUGACAAUGUACAGUGGGCUCGAGCAGGGUUUCGUCUAUGGCGAUUUUACUAAGUCCUUUGUCACAUGCGUACUGGGAGUGGAUAAAGUUGGCUAUGUGAUGAUAUGCUUCGGUGUCACUGACGCUAUUCUUUCCUACGCCAUCGGGAAAUUGUCUGAGUACACUGGUAGGCCAGUUCUUAUGUUUUCGGGUGCAGCUUUGAACCUCGGUUUGAUGGUGGGCUUGUUGAUAUGGAAACCGGUGCCUGAUGAUUUGCCCAUGUUCUUUGUUGCUGCAGCAAUGUGGGGUGUGGCUGACUCUCUGUGGCAAACCCAAGUAAACGCAUUCUACGGUUAUUUGUUCCCGGACAACCAAGAAGCUGCCUUCUCAAAUUACCGACUGUGGGAAUCGCUCGGUUUCGUCAUUGCCUUUGCGUACAGCGGUGCAAUAUGCGUCAGCACCAAGCUCUACAUUCUCAUUGCCGUGCUCAUAGUGGCGAUCACCUUUUACGGUGUCAUUGAAAGAAUGGAACACACAAAGAGAAAAACCAUGUCCUAUGCCCCUUCGAUGCAGGCCAUCGAAAGAAAAGAAGAACUUUCGUAAUUUAGAAUGGGACGGGUCAAAAUAACAAAUGCCUAGAGUUGUACAGGAAAACCCGCUUUUAAAGAUGGCCUACUUUUAAAAGAGCCCGUAGGCUAAAAAGUGGCAUUUAUCUCCAAUGCAAUAAACGCUUUGUAUCCCCUAAUUCUCCGAAAAAUUUCUUGUUCAAAUAUUUAAGGGCUAAAGAUUAAAAAUAAUUACGUACCGGGAGAAUAGAAAACCUGCUUUAUAUUUAGAACCUACAGUCAAAGAUUAGCAUUUAGUAAGAAUCAACCUUCAAUCCUAGACAGACGAUGUUGAAAUUUAACACUCCCUGAGUGCGCUAUCUCUUCUACUGAAAUAGAUACGCUGCAACUUUGAAUGAGGGAGAGGGGUCUCUUCAGGGUUUGUCUCUACAGCUAUUUCCAAGAUUGUAGGCUCAACUGAAGAAUAAUGCUGGUUCUUCUUUGCGGGUUUUUGCUGUAUAUAGAUUAAAUAGCUUUAGUUGUACCACAAUACAAUGUUUAUAGUUUGAGAGCAAUACUUUCCAACAUGCAUACAAGCUCGUUGCUUUUGGAAAAAACGCCUCGAUACCUGCCUGGUAAAUUAAUACUAUCUUCCAAACACACCCUGUAGUUGCCUCUUAGCAGCAAGAUGCAGCAUAUCCUUUACAUGCUUCCACGAUUUGCAGAUGGUAAGCUAUCAGAAAACUAUACUAAGGCCUUUUAAAUGUUCAAGUAUAAACGUUUGGGGAACCUGUCCCUUCUCCCUUCCCUCACUCUCCCCGAGUUUCUUAGCGUGUCUCCUUUAUAGGUGCCUCAGUGCGGGAAAACAACAGGCUGAAUAGAAUUCUACCGGCCCUAGAUUGUAUGUGUUGAUUAUCAUUGAGUUUUUCAAACGUCGGCAACAAGCUUUGUGUUGCCUUAAUAUUGGUUGACACCAUGUUCUGCAUACUUCACAACACAGUUGGCGUAAUUCCAUAAUUCACAGAUCGAUACAUAUCGUCUUAACAAAACUA